AUGUCUGCUAUGCAACAGCCUAAUCUUCCUCAAACUGAAAAUUUAACUCCUCUUUACGAUUUAAUAUCUGAUUUUCAACAAUUAUUGUCUCAAAAUAAAAAAAUCAAAGAUAACAUCACCAAAACUAUAGAUCAAUUAUCUAUUAAACUAAAUACUGAUGACUCUAUAUAUCAAUCAUACAUAAACUCAAUUAACAACCUACAAAAAUCAGUCUCCUCAACUAACUCAAAUAAAUAUAAAAAUCUAUUAAUCCAAAAUCUCUUUUUGAAUAAUUUAAAUAAAAAAAAAUUGCUAAACAACUUGAUCAACGAAAAUUUAAAUCUCAAAAAAAUCCUAAUCGAAAAAAUCUAUUUAAACAAAUUGAUCAUCAAUUUAAUCAACAAUUAUGAACUAUCAAUCAACUCAAUCCUAUUUCAAAUUAGAAAUGAUGUGAUCAAUUACAACCUAUACUUGAUCAAUUUAAAUAAAAAAAAUUACAACAUUUUAAAUGAUUUAUCAAUAAAAGAAUUUGAUCUUUACAAAAAAUUAUCUGAAAAGAGAUUGAAAUUAAUCUCAAUUUUAAAUAUUCUAAUAUCCUUUUUUGAUAAAGUAGACCAAAAUUUAAAUUCAAACUACAAAUUGGUUUAUCAAAAUUUAAAUACAAAAUAUUUCUUAAAUAACGUUCAUCCAAUUGAUUAA